CUGCGCUGCCCAGCAGAGAGGGCUGCUGAUGGACUGUAUUUCCCUGCCGAGGAUAUCUCACUGAAGCGGCUGAGAGUCCCGGACCGAACCAGAAGCCACAACGCCCCGGUCCGGCCAUGGACGAGCAGGCGGGCCCCGGUGUCUUCUUUAAUAACAACAACUCCGGUUUGCCCGGCGGUGGGAAUAUUAAAGCUCCGCAGACUGGCGACUUCGGUGGCGGAGAGGCGGCCAGAGCUCAUUACAACAUCCCGGGGAUUUUACACUUUCUCCAGCAUGAGUGGGCCCGCUUCGAGGUGGAGAGGGCACAGUGGGAGGUCGAGCGGGCCGAGCUGCAGGCUCAGAUCGCCUUCCUGCAGGGGGAGAGGCGUGGGCAGGAGAACCUGAAGAAAGACCUGGUGAGGCGGAUCAAGAUGCUGGAGUACGCCCUCAAACAGGAGAGGGCCAAAUACCAUAAGCUGAAAUAUGGGACAGAACUGAACCAGGGAGAGAUCAAACCUCCAAGUUAUGACUCAGAUGAGGGCACUGACAGUGAGGCUCCCAGCCCUCCAAACAGCAGCCAUCAGCUCAGCUGGAAACAAGGACGCCAGCUGCUCAGACAGUACCUGCAGGAGGUUGGAUACACAGACACCAUCCUGGAUGUGAAGUCUCAGAGAGUGAGAGCGCUGCUCGGCCUGACCGGAGACUCGGGAGAGAAAACUUCGGAGAAGAAAGCCGAACCGAUGGUGAACGGCACCGAGCCGUCCUCACUGAAGGACAGUGGGAUGGUCAGUAAACCCGACAUGUCCGACUCGGCCACCGUGUUGGAGGCCUUCAAGUUCAUCGAGAGCGCUGCAGCCGAAUUCAGCGACGAGGACGAGGAGGAGGACAGCGAAGGCCGGGACAAAACCAUCUUAGACCUGGCUGCAAUGGUGAGGAAGAAGCAGUCGUCUACGCCCUCCUCCACGACGUCUGACCUGAGCGACGACCCCGACACAGAGGAGGCUCUGAAGGGCUUCGACUUCUUGGCGAGUCCAGACGAGCUGGAUGGAUCCAGGAGUGGGGAGGACAGCGGAGAGUGGGAGAAGGAAGAGCAGUCUCCUCUGGGUGAACUGGCCUGGGACGUGGACCAGGGACUGAUAGCCCAGCUCAAGGAGCAGUACAGGAAGGAACGCAAGGGCAAGAAGGGGGUAAAGAGACCAAACCGGUCUAAGCUCCAGGACAUGCUGGCUAACCUGCGGGAUGCUGAGGAGCUUCCCUCCAUGCAGCCACCCGUGACGCCCCCUUCUCGCCCCAGUGUACCCAGACUCAAUGAGCAGGAAGUGGGGCGGCCUGAAGACGAGGCGAUGACAUUCCUGCCGUCGUCAGGGAAGUCGUUCAUCCUGGGCAGAGUGGACGAGGCGGUUUCUAACGAGCUCGGAUUGGGGGAACUGGCUGGACUGACUGUCGCCAACGAGGCUGACAGCUUGGCGUACGACAUCACCAAUAACAAAGAUGCUCUGAGGAAGACUUGGAACCCAAAGUUCACCCUGCGGAGCCACUUCGACUCGGUCCGGAGUCUGGCCUUCCACCCGGUGGAGCCGGUCCUGGUCACGGCCUCUGAGGAUCACACCCUCAAACUGUGGAACCUCCAGAAAACGGCACCUGCCAAAAAAUGUGCUGCUUUAGAUGUGGAGCCCAUCUACACGUUCAGAGCUCACAGUGGAGCCGUGCUGUGUGUCACCAUGAGCUCCAGCGGUGAGCAGUGCUUCAGUGGGGGGGUGGACGGUACCAUUCAGAGCUGGAACACCCCUAACCCCAACAUCGACCCCUACGACUCAUAUGAGCCCACUGUCCUGCGGGGGGCGCUGUGCGGUCACACAGACUCAGUGUGGGGUCUGGUCUACAGCUCGGCCCAUCAUCGCCUCCUCUCCUGCUCCGCUGACGGAACUGUCCGGCUGUGGAACGCCGCCGACACCUCGCCGUCCCUCGCUGUUUUCAACGAGAGAGGAGAGCUGGGCGUGCCCACCUCAGUGGACCUGGUGAGCAGCGAGCCGGCUCACAUGGUGACGUCCUUCACCACGGGCCACAUCGGACUCUUCAACAUGGAGACGCAGCAGCUCCUCCUGAAGCUGGAGUCUGCCGGGCCGCCAGAGGCUCCCUGCAAGAUCAACAAAGUGCUGAGUCAUCCCACGCUGCCAAUCACCAUCACAGCUCAGGAGGACCGACACAUCCAGUUCUUUGAUAAUAACACAGGUAAACUGAUCCACUCGAUGGUCGCCCACCUGGACUCGGUCACGAGUCUCGCUGUGGAUCCAAACGGACUGUACCUCAUGUCUGGAAGUCACGACUGCUCUAUCCGUCUGUGGAACAUGGAGAGCAAGACCUGCAUCCAGGAGUUCACGGCUCACCGCAAGAAGUUCGAGGAGUCGAUCCACGACGUGGCGUUCCACCCCACCAAGUGCUACAUCGGCAGCGCCGGGGCCGACGCGCUCGCCAAGGUCUUCGUAUGACCUGAGGGCGCCGGCAGCCGACUGUCGAGCUCAGAGGACGAGCAAAGAGGGGAGAGGGUGGAGUCUGGAUGAGAAAGCUGAAACCUGAAGGUGACACAGACCCGGACUGCUCCUUUAAGAUUUGUCAAAUAUUCGUCCCGACCCCCGCCCCGCACCUCGGACUUAGGCUGGCCCGGGUCCCGAAACAAACAAACCUUCGGAUGAGACGAUGAACAGGAAGUGGCAAAAAAUAAAAUCCAGACCUCUCGGUACAUUUAUCUACAGCUGGAAUCCUUUUUUUUCCUGUCUUGUUCUUCAGCAGGUGAAACUGCACCACCACUAACCCCAAACUCUCCAGUGAGCAGCCGGUCGCUUUCAAGUAUCGUUCAUGAUAAUGUGCCUUUUUUCUUCGCAACAGAAAUCCUUUUCGGUGUUGGCCAGAAGACAUAUUAGCGGCAAAAUCAGUAAAAUAACGACCCAGUUUUCAAAGAGAGUUAAUUCAACAUGUGGAGACAGAGACUGAAUCCAGCGUGGUCAGAGCUCACGUGAGGACCUGCGUUUUAAUCUGCGUUUUAAUUUGACAGUCAUUUGAAGUGAUUUCAUUAUUUCCUGCUCUAAAAAGUUGUGGCGCAGCCUGAGGACGACGAAAUCAGUGUGAUUCAGGAGACGAGGACAAAGUUUUAUCCCGUUAACGUCCAGAGGAGGUUAGAGGUCAGAGUUCAUGACCCUGAGCUGGUCUGGAGUCAGUGCCUUGCUCAAGGACACUUGUGCUGGGUGGACAGUUGUGACAGAGGCUCUGUCAGCAGGUCAGAUCACAUCUGAAGAGUUUCAUUUCAAAAUGUUUUAGACUCGUGUCACAUUUCACCGAGUUAUUAUUUUCUUCUUCUUCUUCAUCUAGAAACACAGCCGAUUCGCAGUGUUAUUAAAUAUGCAUCAGACAUGUUGAAAUAACAGCUGUAGACGACUGAAUUUUCCUUACUUUAUUUUUCAGGAAGGUCCUGAUUGAAAGCUAUUAAUCAUUGAAUUGUUGAUCUUAUAUGACGACGCUCUGAGUGUACACUGUUACAGUCCUUGAUUCAGAGAAUUAACCAUAAGUUUCUGUUGUGUUCUUUUAUUUCUGCACAUCGAGCAGUGGUGUGUUGGGCUGUGACAGCACAGAGACAGAAUUUGUGUCAUGGCAGCACAUCAGUGAAUUCUGGCAGCAGCAGUGUGAUCAAUGCAUCAACUGUUGGAGACGUUAAAGAUGAUUUAAGACGUCUCAGGUGAGUUUGGGUGUAGCAGAGCUGCAGGAGGAUGCACAAACGUAGUUCUUAACGUUUGGAGACACAGUGCUGAUGCAGCACUUUGUGUGGCAGAGUCUUUAAAGUCAGCACAGGGUCAUUUGUGUUUUCCACGUUUCUCACCUGAGCACCAAAAACACACAAACACACUCGUUCGUACUAUCUGUCCUCAGCCUCACACAUGAGCCUUGUGCAUCAGUUUGAAAUGAAACCCCUCACUGUGUUGUGACAUGUUGUUCAUGAUAACUGUAAUAUACUGUACUGAGCCUCCACCUGUAAACACGUCUGCUGUCAUGUGACACGUUGAUAGUUGUAGAUCAGAUGAAGAGCUUCUCUCCAAAGUCAAGUCUCACCUUGAAACAUUUGAAAUGACAGAAAUAUUUAAGGUUUGAAUUCGACCAGUUUCAGGUUGGAAUGUGUUAAAUGUUUUGGAUGGAAUCUCUUCUGAUUCAGUAGUUUUGAUCAACGUUGUGAUGACGAGGCUCGAUUUGAAAACCUGCUGCUUUUUAUUGUGUAUUUAUCGUCGGAAAGUUCUGACAAACUGCGGCGAGAAAAAAACCUGCAGCGACGCUUUUCUCAUUCUUCUGUCUUGCUUUGAUCUUAUGAAUUAUUUAUGAAUACUUUAAAAGCGCCAAAUUAAAGCCAAAAUAUUCAACCGAGACGACGAGAUGCUUCCUCCUGAACCCGACAGUUGUUGUUGCUAAUGCUAAUUAGCGCAUUUUGUUGUAAAAAUAACACUUCAAGUAACACGUGUUUCAGUCCCAAACUGCACACAAGCUCCCCUCAGAUUUGUACAUGCUUUGUAUGCUGACUGCCUGAAAAUAUUGUAUUUGGUGUAAUUAUUAUUAUUUGGAGCGAUUACUAGUUUUUUAAAGGACUUUGGGUGUUUUGGUGACAGACUUGUAAGAUACAGGUAGAUAUUUUUUUUUAAAGACGUAUUCUCUGUUUUACUUGAAAAGUGAAGUUUAUUCCUUUGGGGUUCUGCUGGUGUUGUAAGAAGUACAUAUAUGUGACUUUACCUCUCAGCACUACAUAACACUUUGUUUUUGCUUUUUACCAAACUAGCAUCUCUAAAUGCAGCUGUGUUCCUGCGAUGGCGGGAAACUUGCAGGACUUUUGGUUGCUUUUCUUUUAUGGUGUAAAAAGGAUACAGAGAUGUGUACAGUUUUUAAGUAUUAAAGCAGAUCUAUUUAUAAAGCUGGUGUAAUUAAGGGAAAUUGUAACCGCGAAGUGAAAGUCAACAAAUCAUUUACUGACUAGGUGAACUGAAAGAUCAGGCAUUAUUUAUGUGAAAAGUAGAGACACAGCAAGUUAGUGGCUGCAUCUUAAACUCAGCUGUUCUGUAAAAUUGUGCAGAAAAUGACUGGAGUCUGGUUGUUUCUCAGCUCAAUCUUAGGUGAAGCUCAGUAACAAACUUGCCUGUUUUAAUGUGACAAUGUGACAGAGAGUUUAAGCUGAAUUCUGUCACUUUGUUCACACGUUCAGCUAUUUUAAAGUUCUGCAUGCAAAGUGUUUGCUUCAGAUCCUGGAAGGAAUCAGUUCAGGUCGAUCUUUCUCGACACAUCCAGUCUGGAUUUUCCUUCUCUAAAAUAAGAUACUUUUCACACUAAGCCAGCUGAUGCGUCCACAGAAGGGUUUCCAUAAAGAAAUUUACCUUCUUACAGCAACUUUACUGCCUCGCAGCCUCUGAUCAGUCUAAUGUCAUCAUUUUCCAAAAAGCACCAUUUCAUCUUGACAUUUAACCACCCUGCCUUCCAAAAGUUGGAUCAACCAGUCAGCUUGAUUGACUCACAGGGGCAAGAUUUGAGAGGUGUGUCUCUUUGCGGAACCAUGAUACCGAUUUUAACCUGUACUGUGGGUGAAAACAGGAACUUAAAGAAUGCUUUUUCAAAUUCAGCUGACUUACUGUGGACAUGCUGAAUCUUUCAACCACCACAAAUGUUCUUCAUUCACCACAUUUAUUUCCUCUGACUGUCCUCUAAUCUUUGUUUUUUUUGGUGUGAAACACAACAACACACAACACCUCUUCAAGCCUCGAGAAACUACUUCAAGUGAAACUGUUUGAGAAGGAGGGAAGUGUGAUUGGUUGAAUCCUGUGAGAAGACACAGAGUCACUUUAAAGGCUCGCAAGAUAAAAAGCUUGGAAACCACUGACGCACAGUGACGGAAACAUUACAGAGCUGCAGGAAAUGAGCGGGAUCACAUGAGAACUGUGCUUUAUGUGAUAGAAUCAGAUUUUUGAUGAUUUUGAAUGGAGUCUGGUUGCUUGUUGUGCUUAAUGCCAACACUGCAGAAACAAAACAAUUUACUGUAUAACACUGUUGUAAGUUACAGUUACUGACAGCCUGAAUGAAGGUCAAGGAAAGCCUAACGAAAAUAAAUGUGUUUUUUGCUCAAAUUCAUAAAGUGAUCCAACAAGAACUGAACCAGAAUCAAUAAUGCUAAAUCCUACCAGACUCCAUUCACAUCUGUCUACUUUAUUUCAGAGCAAUAGACGCACUGCGUUUGCCAAUAAUUUAAUCUCAUUUUCCAUUUUUAUUUUUUAAAGCAAGAUUAUAGACAACUGUUGGAUGUCACUUACACUACAUCAGCAGUAACACUAGCCAGUAGUGAUGUAGGCAGCUGAACUGUGUCAGUCAAACUAUUUCCAGAUUUAUAUAAUGUUGUCUUCAGUGGCCAAAAGCUGAACCUUCAAACUGAACCCUGAAUGAAAACUGUUGUCAGGUCCAGUUUGCCUGUAAAUUAUUGUUGUCCUUUAAUGUGUACAGUGAAACUAUGAAAGAGAGAUUAUACUGUAGAUGCUAAUCUGGCUGUACAUGAAGUACAAACAGGUGUUUUCUUUUUCAUUGUUGUUCUUUUUUUCAAAAUGGGAGAGUGAAGAUUUAUCAGUAACAACAAUAAAGGAAUAUGUUGUAUAUCAGGA